AGUGUUUAAGCGACCGGGGAAUCGUAAACAAGUCGACUAACAGCUGGAAGAAGCAGAUUGAUUCUUUAGUGUUAUUGAGCCUCUAGAAUGGGAAAUGCGGAUACCAAACUACAUUUCCGAAAGGCUGUUGUGCAGCUUACAACGAAAACCCAGCCAAUUGAUGCAACAGACGACUCAUUUUGGGAGCAGUUCUGGGGGGAGCAUGUGACUUCAGUGCAGGAUGUUUUUGCACUGAUACCUGCGGCAGAGAUUCGGUCCCUAAGAGAAGAAGCACCUUCUAAUUUAGCAACACUAUGUUACAAAGCGGUUGAGAAGCUUGUUAAUGCAGCAGAUACAGGAUGUUCAACACAGCAGGAACAACAGAUAGUGCUGAAUGCUGUGCGGAUAUUGACAAGGGUGAUCCCCUAUAUCUUCGAGGACCCAGACUGGAGGGGCUUCUUUUGGUCAAGUCUUCCAGCUGGAGAGGAAGAUGGCCACGGAGAGUCGAUGCCUUUAGCUCACAGCCUCAUUCAUGCCCUAUGUGAUUUGCUGUUCUGCCCUGAUUUCACAGUUACAACAAAUAAGAAGUCUGGACCGGACAAACAUGAAGAUCUUCAGAGUAUUGACAGUUGUGAGUUCAUCUGGGAGGCUGGUGUGGGGUUUGCUCAUUCUCCCCCUCAUGUGCCAAAUCAAGACUUGAACCGAACUGAGAUCCUCAAACUCAUCCUCACAUGCUUCAGUCAGAGCAUUUAUCAGCCUUCUUCAGAUGGCACAGAGUCUCCAAAUCGCUGGAUCGCAGUGUUCACCUCAGCUGACAAUCGCCAUGCCUUACCUCUUUUCACGUCCUUGCUUAACAUUGUCUGCGGUUAUGAUCCAGUUGGAUUUGGUGUCCCCUAUAACCACUUGCUGUUCUCUGACACCCGAGAACCACUUGUGGAGGUGGCCCUACAGAUUCUCAUUACAACUUUAGAUCAUGAUGUAACUGCUGCUUUGUCGGAGAUGGAGGAGGCAACGGUCCCAGAUAAUCUCUUCAUUAAUUACCUGAGUCGCAUUCAUCGUGAGGAAGAUUUCUCAUUUGUCCUGCGUGGUUUCACAAGGCUCCUGAACAACCCGCUUCAGCAAACAUAUCUUCCACAUUCCACAAAGAAAGUCAACUUCCACCAAGAGCUGCUGGUUUUCUUCUGGAAGUUCUGUGAUUAUAAUAAGAAAUUCCUUUUCUACGUACUAAAAAGCAGUGAUGUCCUAGAUAUUCUGGUUCCCAUACUAUAUCACCUCAAUGAUGCACGAGCAGACCAGUCUAGAGUGGGCCUGAUGCACAUUGGUGUAUUUAUUCUCCUCCUGCUUAGUGGAGAAAGAAACUUUGGUGUUCGCCUUAACAAACCUUAUACAGCAUCUAUGCCCAUGGAUAUACCAGUGUUUACAGGUACUCAUGCAGACCUUAUGAUCAUCGUCUUUCACAAGAUUAUAACGACUGGCCAUCAACGUCUCCAGCCCCUCUUUGACUGUCUUCUGACCAUCCUAGUUAAUGUGUCACCAUACAUCAAGACAAUGUCAAUGGUGGCUGCCAAUAAGUUACUGCAUCUCCUGGAGGCUUUUUCUACCCCUUGGUUCCUCUUUUCUGCACCACAUCAUCACCAUCUGGUCUUCUUCCUUCUGGAAACAUUCAACAACAUUAUCCAGUAUCAGUUUGAUGGUAACAGCAACCUGGUCUACACAAUCAUUAGGAAACGGCAGGUAUUCCACUCCCUAGCAAACCUUCCAACGGACUGUGGUAGCAUUAACAAAUCCCUCAAUAAGCGAGGGAAGAGACCACUUGUCCGACAGCACUCCUCAAAGUCCCAUCAUGGCAGCCAGACUAUGGAAGGAGCACAGCCUGCACAGCCAGCUCAGCCUGGUACCAAGACUGCCACCCUUGCAGCUAUGCCAGGAUUAGAGAAAAUGACAGAGAAAGAAUCAGCUCACCCAACCACACAGCAGCUAAACGAACUCACAACCUCGGCCACUGUUAAUGGGGAUUUGGUAGGGCCCGUGUCACCCACAUCUCUUGUAGCUCCGGCAGCGAUCGGAGAAACCAUUCCCCAGGAUGUGAGUGAUACAACUUCUUCCAUUCCAAAAGGCACAAGUAUUCAGCCACCAACAGAAGACCACAACUUGCCAGCUGUAGAUGAGCUCAAGAUUUCUGACAAGGAGGAGAGUGAGGUGGAAGGGGAGGAGAGUCUGUGCAGAUGGCCGGGGGAGGUUGAGGAGAUGGAAGGGGACAAUAAAACUCUCCUCCUGACCGAUCUCCAGCCGGCUCCCCUCAGCCUCACGACAUCUAUGCCCAACCGACCUGAGAGUCCUGCACUAUCACUGAAGUCAGCUCUGUCUGACUCUUCUGGUCCCAGCACCAUGUCAGUGCCACAAUCAGAAUCUGCAGGCUCAGCAUUAGGAGGCUCGGCACAGCAAUGGCAGCCCAGCUCUGGCUGGGUGCUCAGCUGGAAGAAUAAGCUCCCCCUGCAGACCAUUAUGCGGUUGCUGCAAGUGCUUGUUCCACAAGUGGAGAAGAUCUGCAUUGAUAAGGGAUUAACAGACGAAAGUGAGAUCCUGCGUUUCCUGCAGCACGGAACUCUAGUAGGACUGCUGCCAGUUCCUCAUCCCAUUUUGAUUCGCAAAUACCAGGCCAAUGCUGGUACUGCUACCUGGUUCCGUACUUACAUGUGGGGCAUCAUUUAUCUAAGAAAUGUUGAUCCUCCAAUAUGGUACGACACAGACGUGAAGCUGUUUGAAAUUCAGCGGAUAUAAAGCAUCUUUAAUGUGGUCAACAAAGAAAAUAGAUUUGUCUUGAGAAGGUACUGGAUUGUGCUGAAUCUCAUGACGAAACCAAGUAAUGGGUGUUUUGAUUUAUUAUAUUCACUACUGUGUAAGAGUUUCAAGAUUGUUAUUAUUUUCAAGAAAAUUGAUGUGGUGGGUAAUGCAGUAUAUGGAGCUUGUUUUUCUUAUUUAUCUGAUUCAUAUAUAAUUGAGCUUUGACAGUUAUUUGAUGUGUUUUUUCCAUUUCUCUUUUAGUCAUGAAUUUAAGCUUGGUUGCAUUAUCUCUUUUAUUUUGUAAAGGAAUGUAGGAGGCCAGACAUUUUGAAAAACAAUGCAUUUCUUUUUGAGUGAGAUGUUCCAGUGUGCUGAAGCUAAGCGCUAGAUAUUUGUAGUAAAAGUGUCAGGUGGUGGUAUUAGUAGUCAUAGAAUCCCAGCAUGUAUUGUGUUUGAUGUUUUGGGUGUCAAGACUUGAAUGUGAUAUACCGGAAUAAAAAAGAAGAAAAAAAAAGGAGAAUUGCUGCUAAUAUAUUUCUUACUUUGCUGCCAAAAUUGUCAUGAUGGGAAAUAUUAUGCUUUUGAAGUCUCAUGCUAUAUGAGAAGAAACUGAUAUCAUCAUUCAUUUCAUGUAUUUUUUUCAGAUUUAAAAAAUUUAUAUUUCUUUAUUAAGGCCAAAAAAUUUUUAAUUGGCCAUUUACACGGCCUCAGGGCUCCGAGGCUCUAGGGAAAGCAACAAACUGCAUUUGAAUCGCAUGAAAAUAACAAGAGUUAGGAUGUACCAGGACAAAAUCAUAGUCAUAAAGUCCUAGCAUGGCGGUUCAAUUUUGAGAAUUUUAAAUGCAUAUGAAUUUUGUACAUGGAUUCAAGAAUUACCAAAGUAGAGGAAUUUUUUCCUAUGCUCCACACAGGGUGUGGGGAAGUGGGAGAUGGUCACUGGGUGUCUGUAAUUUUUGAGGAGGAUCAUAUGUAUGUAAUCACAUGCACAUAAAGUUAAAAAAAAGUUAAUCAUCUUCAUUUAGUAGGCCUACAUCGACUUUUAUAUGUAAAGGAAUGAAAUAUAUUAGUUAUAUCUAUCAAACUGUUUUCUUUGAUAAUGGUCAAUAUUAACCGGUUGCAACGAGAAAUGAGUGUAGAUUUGGUAUUUAGUCAUUUGCGUAUUUGUGGUACCUAAGACCUACGGUAAUGUCUAAACGUAAUAUUUUUUAUCGCAAACACACGAAACGGAUGUGUUAGCUUUUUCAAAUCUAGACAAAGACUGGGGACACAAAUGAGCUCAAAAUUCUAUAUAGUUUUUAUUUCAGAGUGGAUAUUACUGUGUACUAUCAUUUUCAGUAUGAAAUAAUAUGUAUCUCGCUUAUAUAUCUGAAGUUAAAAAAUCCAACUUCAUAUUGAAUUUUCCUUUACAGCAGAAAUGGCCAAUUUCAAAUCAAUGCUGUGAUGUACCGACCAUUGAGCGAAAUCUAAUGGAAAUAUUUCAGUCCUUACUUAUACAACUAUUUCGAAACAUAGUGCUCCAUACUUGGUAUACAUACAGAUAAUUUCAUAAGCUACAACAUAUUACCAGAGAGCCUUGAUGGAAGGAUAUUUCAUGUGUAAAAGGACACAAAACUUACUUUUUUCUGAUAUAUUUCACAAAACAUUUCAUCAUGAAUUACUUAUAUAAUUUUUUUGUUAUUGGUAUAAAAGUGUUCUUUGAACAUUUAUGAACUCAUAUCUAUGUGCAGUGUCAUUAUCAAAUGCUGUAUGCAUGAUUGCAACAAGCAAAAGUCCACAUAGAAAUACCUGGGUGCACAUUAGCCAUGUACCUACGCACAUGUUACUGGGUCUCACGUGCACCAUCCGAGAACUAACCAUAGCUGAGGUUUAAUACUCGUUUGGUAGUUUCCUCAUCCAUGUACCUAUACUGUACGCUAGCUAACUCAAUUUGACCCAAAAAUUUUCAUACUCUUGGGACGGUCCCCUUAAGUUUCACUUCAUAGACUGAUCUCUGAGUCACCUCAUGCAGCUAAGCUUUCAGUCUGGUUGCAUUACAAUUAUGCUUCCACAUGGUAAGCACACUCGGGCAGGCUUUAAGAUAUUUUAGUGAUAUUAUAACUGCAUAAUAGUAUUUUAAGAAUUUAUGUGAAGUUAAAAAAUUAUAGAUCCUAAUUGCCAGUGGAAAAAAGGAUUAUGCUUGAAGCCUGCUUUCCUUGGAUAGUGAGGCCAGGCCUGUGAAAAGGAUAUUCCUCCCCUCCUUUCUCUCUCCCUCUCCCCGCUCUCUCUCUCCUCUCCUCUCCCUCUCUCUCUCCUCUUUC